AUGAUGAGUGAUGGCAUGAACGAAAUUCGAGCGGACAAAUCGGUAAGUCCAAGUGGUAUCAGUGAUAGUGGUCGUAGCAGUGGUAGUGGUCGUAUCAGUGGUAGUGGUUGUAGCAGGGGUAGUGGUUGUAGCAGGGGUAGUGGUCGUAGCAGUGGUAGUGGUCGUAGCAGUGGUAGUGAAGGUAGCCAGGGGGGUUCUAAUAGCGAUGAAAAAAAUGGGAAAAAAAGCAAUAGUAUAUGCCGCAGAGGUGAAGACACGCUCGAUCGAGGGAAUAAUAAUACGUCGAAGGAAAAAUCAAAGGGAAAAGAAUCGAAACAGAUGGUAUAUGGUAACAGCUAUAGUAAUUUAGAGAAUUCCAAUAAUUUUAUAAACGAAAUUCAAUGUAGUGAGCAUUGUAAUGAUAAUACAGAAAUUUUGAAUUAUGAAGAAGAAAAACAUUUUUGUAAUGUGUGUUUUUCCUUCUUAUAUUAUAAAAAAUAUUGUUUUUAUGAACUGUUAAGGAUAUAUAGAAAUUAUUGCUUAUUAAAUGAUGAAGAGAAAAGUUUGUUAAGUGAAUCCAUAUAUGCAAAAAUAUAUAAAAUGUAUUUAUCUGUUUUGAACAACUAUUAUUUUAUUAUGAAUAUAUUACUUCCUCAAAUAUCAACACAUAUUAUUAUACAUCUGUUGUCUUACACGUUUCAUAAGGAUGACGAUGUUGCUGUUGUUCAGAAUGAUGUACAUAUGAACUGCAAUGGUAAUGAUUAUAGAGUAGACAAUGGACAUUAUAAGCAUAGUAAAAAUAAAGAAGGGGGUAAAAAGGACGAACAUAAUAAAGAUAAUAAGAAAGAUGAUAACUGUUACUGUAAAUAUAAUAAUAAAAUGUCUAAGGAAGAAUUUGUAAUUAACGAAAUUAUUGAUAACUUAACUGUUCAGGAAAAAGAAGAUAUUGAUAAAAUAUACAAUUACUAUAAUUUAGAUGCUAGACUUUUAUGUAAAGAUGAUCCUAUAACAAUACUUAAUGAAAUAAAAUUUAAAUUAAUUAAUAGAAAAAGUGAAAAAGAUAUAUAUAAGUUUCUUCGUCUUGAAGCAGAAAACUCUUCUUCGUCCAACAACAAUGAAGGUCCUACGAAUGUUAACACAAAAAAGGGUAAUUAUGAACAAGUCCAAUCGUCUUGUUUUCCUAAUGAUAUCAUAUUUAAUCAAAUAAAAAGCGCAAACAGUUACGCAUUUGGUGAAAAACAAAAUAGCAUAAGCGAAAAAGAUGAAAUGAAAGUUUCGCCCCUAAAUGAACCGACCAGCACACGAUCCCCUCGAAAAAGAGACCGUGAGAAAGAAGCGCAGGAAGGGGGGAAUGAAGUGGACGUAAAGGAAGAGGAUGUACACGAAGUCGUUGUACGUAAAGUGGAUCUACGCGAAGUCGAUGCACCUGAAGGAGGAAAAAACGCUAACAAAGAAGAUGAUAUUACCACUAAUUACAAACACAGUAUGACAGGAUUGCUUGACAAGGAUACCGAACAAACGCCCAGUAACAAUGUAAACACCAAAGCUGGUGAAAAAAGUCUAUCCAAUCGUAUAAAUGAUAAUAUGAAUUUCAAAAAAUGUAAAGACGAAAUAAGUGUAGGACAAGAAAAGACGAACGAGUUGAAGAAGGUAGGAUUGCCCAAAGAGAGUGACGCAUCGUUAGUAUCCCUGUCCUCUUCCUCAUCAUCAUAUAAAAAUAAAAUUGAAACAGAUGUCAAUAAAAACAGUAAAAAUGGAGAGUAUGGUGAAAAUUGUGAGAAAAAUUUGGAAAACGUCAUUAAUGCACCAGCUUGCAAACAAGGAUAUGACAACCGAACUAAUGGUGAUAAAACAAAAAAAAAAAAAAAUAAAAAAAAUAAAAAAAAUAAUAAAAUAAAAAACAAAAGUAAUUCUUCUAAUAGAGAAUCUUCAAAAGGAGAACACAUUCCCCCUGGCCAUAGAAUUUCAAAUGUAUAUAGUCCUUCCUUAGAUGAGUAUAAUUUAAUACAAAAUAUAAGCAAAGUUAGAAGUACACUAAGGCAAUUUGUUCGUGAUUGGUCAUAUGAAGGAAAACAUGAAAGAGAUAAUGCAUAUGAACUUAUCCUAAAAAGCUUAGACAAAUAUCUACCCAUAACUGAUACCUAUGUACCUAAAGUUUUAUGCCCUGGAUCAGGUUUAGGUAGACUCCCAUAUGAAGUAGCAAAAAAAGGGUAUAGAAGUCAAGGAAAUGAAUUUUCCUAUUUUAUGCUUUUAGCAUCUAAUUUUAUUUUAAAUUAUUACAACGAAAAAAAUUCUUUACAUAUACAACCAUAUUGUUUAAAUACAUUAAAUAGAAAAGGUAGAGAUGAUCAUUUAAAAAUUAUAAAACUACCAGAUGUCAAUACAUAUAAUAAAGCUGUAUUGAAUACCGAAUUUUCUAUGUGUGCAGGCGAAUUAAUAGAAGUUUAUUAUAAUGAAAAAGAACAAUUCGAUGGUGUUUUAACUUGUUUUUUUUUAGAUACAGCAAAGAAUAUUUUUAUGUAUAUCCGUACCUUUGCUAAUAUUUUAAAGCCAAAUUCUUUAUGGUCUAAUGUUGGUCCUCUAUUAUAUCAUUACGCAGAAAUGCCAAAUGAAAUGUCUAUAGAGUUAUCAUGGGAUGAAAUCAAAAUAAUUAUUUCCAGAUGGUUUACUUUUUUAGAAAUUAAAUGGGUCGACAAUUAUUAUACAACCAACACUGACUCGAUGAUGCAAGUGCAAUAUCACUGCGUUUUCUUUAACGCCUUGCGAAAUGACGUACCUGUAGAUGAUUAA